AUGGCCGAUUAUCGGAUCUUCACCAGCAACUGGUGGGAGGCAGUAAAGGCACUCGCGAUCGCCUUUACGUACUUUAAAAUAUAUCACGUUAUCGGAAAAGGUCCUACUAUCCCAGAGCCUUACGUAUUACGGUCCAAUGCUGAUUCUGGUCGCACUCCGACCCCCAUUCCCGCCCCUGUCCCUACCCCUGACAAUGUGCCGGCUCCUGCACCAGCUCCAGCUCCAGCACCAGCUCCAGCUCCAGCUCCAGCACCAGCUCCAGCUCCAGCUCCAGCUCCAGCUCCAGCUCCAGCACCUGCACCUGUACCGGCCCCAGCACCGGCUCCAGCACCGGCUCCUGCCCCCGCCCCCACACUUCCUCCUCCCUCACUUGCUCCCUUCCCUGGUCCCUUAUCUCCGCUACCUCCCGUGGCGCCUGUUCCCGCUCCCGCUCCCGCUCCCGCUCCCCGACGCCGAGUUCAAUUUCAAGACAUACCAAAAACCUCGGGUCCGGCUCAGGUACGAUACCAGAGCCAGGAGAAAACCAAGUAUCAUCCUCAAGGCCAGCCCACAACCCAACACACGGCAAACCCCAUUCAAUGGACGACGGCCGGGCCGUCAACGAAGGCCCCGCCGGCGGCACAGCCUUACCCUGUGCAGCCGGAGAUGAAGCGAGCGUGCAACGGAUCGUUUCCGGCUAACGCGAUACACACCCUAGCGUAUCCGAAGAAGAAGUAG